GCGGAAUGAGCGCUGAUGCAGUAACGCAGCCGCUGCGCUUUGUGUCGCACCUCAGAGCCGCUUUACGCUCCUUUUCUCACCCUGACAACUUUCCCCAGGCACUUUACCAGCGCACACUCACUGGAGGAGACUUCAUCUUCAUCUUCUUCAUCAUCUGCGGGAGCGGGAGCGCGAGCAGAAUGAGGCGGCUGCUGGGGCUCGCGGCGGGAAUCUCGGCGCUCGCGGCGCUGUGUGUAUCAGCGCAGACGCUCGACGCAGACGCAGACGGAGCCGCGGAGCAGCUGAGGGCGAACCGAGCGAAGCGGCGCGGCGGCGGCCAGGACGUGCUGAAGGGGCCGAAUGUGUGCGGAUCCCGUCAUCACGCGUACUGCUGUCCCGGAUGGAAGACCUUGACCGGAGGGAACCAGUGCAUCGUCCCUAUUUGUCGCAGCCCCUGCGGAGACGGCUUCUGCUCCAGACCCAACAUGUGCACCUGUCCGAGCGGCCAGAUCGCUCCCACCUGUGGAUCCAAAUCAGUCCAGAACUGUAACAUCCGGUGCAUGAACGGCGGGUCGUGUGCGGAGGACCAGUGUCUGUGUCAGAAGGGAUACUCUGGAGCUCACUGCGGCCAGCCGGUGUGUGAGUCCGGCUGUCUGAACGGAGGCCGAUGCGUCGCUCCAAACCGCUGCCUGUGUAACUACGGCUUCACUGGAGCUCAGUGUGAGAGAGAUUACAGGACGGGGCCAUGUUUCGCGUCGGUCAGUAACCAGAUGUGUCAGGGUCAGCUGACGGGAAUCGUCUGCACUAAGACACUGUGCUGUGCGACGGUGGGACGGGCCUGGGGUCAUCCGUGUGAGCAGUGUCCAGCACAACCACACCCCUGCCGCCGCGGCUUCAUUCCCAACCACCGCUCCGGGGCCUGUCAGGAUGUGGACGAGUGCCAGGCCAUUCCUGGACUCUGUCAGGGGGGAAACUGUGUGAAUACUGUGGGCUCAUUUGAGUGCAAAUGCCCUGCUGGACACAAGUUCAACGAAAUUACACAGAAAUGUGAAGACAUUGACGAGUGCUCUCAGAUCCCGGGCCUGUGCAGUGCAGGUCAGUGCUCCAACACCAUCGGCAGCUACUUCUGCAGGUGUCCGGUGGGCUUCGACACGGCGCUGGACGGCUCGCGCUGCAUCGACGCUCGGACAGGCUUCUGCUACGCUAACAUCGUGAGCGGGCGCUGUGCUAAUCUGCUGCCGCAGCGUAUGUCCAAGAGCCAAUGCUGCUGUGAGAACAGAGGAUGCUGGUCUGGAUCCAGCGUCCCAGAGAUGUGUCCCAUCCGCGGAACAGAGGAGUAUCAGAGACUCUGUCUGUAUAGUCACACGGUUCCUGAUCCAGACCGACCAGAUCUGAUUCCGCUUCCGGGUCCAGGUCCGCUUCCGCUUCCGCUUCCGGGUCCUGGUCCUCGUCCUGGUCCUGGUCCUGGUCCUGGUCCGGGUUUUCCCGAUGACCCACGAGAUCCUUACCCUCGUGAUCCGAUACCUUUGCCGCCCACAUCUGUUGACCUUCCCUCCUUCACCAUCAGACCUGUCAUCCUGUCUCAGAACGUCAGCAUCAGGAACAUGUGCGAGGCAUUUCGUAACCUGUGCAUCAACGGCCGCUGCGUGCCGACGCCAGGCAGCUACCACUGCGAGUGCAACAUGGGCUACCGGCUGAACGGCCGCGGCGAAUGCAUCGAUGCGAACGAGUGUGAGCGGAGCCCCUGUGUGAACGGGGAGUGUGUGAACACCCCUGGAUCCUAUUACUGCCAGUGUCCCACCGGAUUCCAGAGCACGGCCACCAGAACCGAGUGUCGAGGUGUGGGUGUUGACGCUCAUCAUGUGUGCAGACGUGUGUGUAGCGUCGUGUGUGUUCUGUGUGUGUUUGUGUCAGAUGUGGACGAGUGUGAGGUUCCUGGCAUGUGUAUGAACGGUCGCUGCGUCAACACCGAGGGAUCGUUCCGCUGCGAGUGUAUGCCGGGACUCGCCGUGGGGCUCGACGGACGCAUCUGCGUAGACACACACAUGCGCAGCACGUGUUACGGAGGAUAUAAGCGUGGUCAGUGUGUGCGACCGUUCUUCGGCGCUGUGACCAAAUCUGAGUGCUGCUGCGCCAGUGUGGAGUACGCCUACGGAGAGCCGUGCCAGCCUUGCCCGCCGCUCAACUCGGCGGAGUUUUCGGCUCUCUGCAGUCACGGCCUAGGAACCACGACUGAUGGCAGAGAUAUAAACGAGUGUGCGCUGGAUCCUGAUAUCUGUCAGAACGGCGUGUGCGAGAACAUGCUCCGAACAUACAAGUGUAACUGUAAUCUGGGCUUUGAGGUGGACAUCAGCGGGAAGACCUGCGUCGAUGUGGACGAGUGCAUGAUGAACAGACACCUGUGUGAGAACGGCCUGUGCAGAAACACACCGGGCAGCUUCACCUGCCACUGUCCGAAGGGCUUCACCUUCCAGCCCGAGACAGAGGUGUGUGAAGAGAAGUGCUUGAGUAACCCGUGUGUGAACAGCGAGUGUAAGAACAGCGACGGGUCGUUCGUGUGUAUCUGCUCCGCGGGAAGCAUUCUGGACAGCUCAGGAACUCUGUGUGUGGAGACCACUAAGGGCACGUGUUGGCUGAAGAUGGUGAAUGGACCGUGUGAGGUUAACAUUAACGGAGCGACGCUGAAGUCUCACUGCUGUGCUACGCUGGGGGCGGGCUGGGGCUCGCCGUGUACCAAAUGUGAACCAGAUCCGUUCUGCUCUAAAGGUUACGCGCGAGUGAAGGGGACCAUCUGUGAGGAUGUGAACGAGUGUGACGUGUUUCCCGGCGUCUGCAUCAAUGGGAAGUGUGUGAACACAGACGGGUCGUUCAUCUGCCAGUGUCCCAGUGGGAUGACGGUGGACUCCACUGGAAGGACCUGCGUUGGUGCGUAUGAAACUCCAGCAGAGUAUAUAAACGAGUGUAAGAUGAUCCACAGCUUGUGCACAAACGGCCGCUGCAGGAACACCAUCGGUAGCUUCCGCUGCAGGUGCGACAGCGGCUUCGCUCUGGACUUUGAUGAAAGGAACUGCACAGAUAUAAACGAGUGUAAGAUGAUCCACAGCUUGUGCACAAACGGCCGCUGCAGGAACACCAUCGGUAGCUUCCGCUGCAGGUGCGACAGCGGCUUCGCUCUGGACUUUGAUGAAAGGAACUGCACAGAUAUCAAUGAGUGUGAACUGAGUGACAAGCUGUGCAGGAACGGUCAGUGUGUGAACAUGAUCGGACGCUAUCAGUGCUCCUGCAACACCGGCUACAAAUCCACCGAAGACAGACUCUCCUGCGUCGAUAUCGAUGAAUGCACCAUUGAGAACGGUGGCUGUGAGACGUUCUGCACCAAUUCAGAGGGAAGUUAUGAGUGCAGCUGUCGCCGUGGUUACGCCCUCAUGCCCGACCUCAGGAGCUGCACAGAUAUCGAUGAGUGUGAGGACAGUCCUGACAUCUGUCACGGCGGUCAGUGCACCAACAUCCCCGGGGAAUUCCAGUGCCUGUGUUUCGACGGCUACAUGUCGUCUGAGGAUAUGAAAUCAUGUCUGGAUGUGAAUGAAUGUGAGCUGAAUCCAAACAUCUGUCUAAGCGGGAAGUGUGAAAACACCAAGGGCUCGUUCAUCUGUCACUGUGACCUCGGCUUCUCUGUCAGGAAAGGGACAACCGGCUGUACAGAUAUUAACGAGUGUGAGAUCGGCGCUCAUAACUGCGACGGACACGCGAGCUGUACGAACACCGCCGGCAGCUUCAGAUGCAGCUGCGCUCCGGGCUGGAUCGGGAACGGGAUCAGAUGCACAGAUCUGGACGAGUGUUCUAACGGGACGCACCUGUGCAGCCCCAGCGCAGACUGCAUGAACACCAUGGGCUCCUACCGCUGCCUGUGCAAAGAGGGAUUCGCGGGAGACGGCUUCUACUGCGUCGACACGGAUGAGUGUGCGGAGAACGUGAAUCUGUGUGAGAACGGACACUGUCUGAACGUUGCGGGUGGAUACCGCUGUGAGUGUGACAUGGGCUUCAUCCCCACCGCAGACGGGAAAGCCUGUGAAGACAUAGAUGAGUGCACGUUUGCAGACAUCUGCGUGAACGGCCGCUGCCGCAAUAUCCCGGGUCUGUUCCGGUGCCUGUGUGACCCCGGGUACGAGCUGGACCACAGCGGAGGAAACUGCACAGAUGUGGACGAGUGCAUUAGCCCCACCACCUGCAUCAGCGGCCUGUGUGUGAACACGCCGGGCAGUCACAUCUGCAGCUGUCCGCCGGACUUCGAGCUCAACCCCACCGGAGUCGGCUGCGUCGACACUCGCUCUGGAAACUGCUAUCUGGAGGUGCGAUAUCGUGGCGAUUUCUCCGACAGUCUGGAUUGCUCGACCGAGAUCGGAGUGGGAGUUUCCAAAGCGUCCUGCUGCUGCUCUCUGGGUCAGGCCUGGGGGUCACCCUGCGAGACCUGUCCGCCGCUCAACUCCACGGCGUACAGGGUUCUGUGUCCUGGAGGAGAAGGAUUCCGACCCAAUCCCAUCACUGUGAUACUAGAGGAUAUCAACGAGUGUCAGGAGCUGCCUGGUCUGUGUCAGGGAGGAAACUGCAUCAACACGUUUGGCAGUUUCCACUGUGAAUGUCCGAAAGGUUUUUCACUCAGUGAAGAGACCAGGAUCUGUGAAGAUGUGGAUGAGUGUGAGCGUCCCGGCAUCUGUGGUCCGGGUCAGUGUUACAACACCAUUGGGAACUACACCUGCAUCUGCCCUUCGGAGUACAUGCAGAUCAACGGAGGAAACAACUGCAUGGACAUGAGGAAGAGCUUGUGCUACAGGAACUACUACUCUGAUAAUGCCACAUGUGAUGGAGAGCUGGCCUUCAACAUGACCAAGAAGUUCUGCUGCUGCUCAUACAACAUCGGCCGGGCCUGGAAUAAACCCUGCGAGAAGUGUCCCGUCCCCAGCACCAAUGAGUUCGCUGUGCUGUGUGGAAGUGAGAUACCUGGAUAUUUCAUUGACAUUUACACCGGUCAAGUCAUUGACAUCGACGAGUGCCGUGAGAUUCCCGGUGUGUGUGAGAACGGCGUGUGUAUCAACAUGAUCGGCAGUUUCCGCUGUGAAUGUCCGAUGGGUUUUGUCUAUAAUGACAAGUUGCUGAUCUGUGAGGAUAUUGACGAGUGUCAGAACGGGCCGGUGUGUCAGCAGAACGCCGUCUGUCUGAACGUUCCUGGAAGUUUCCGCUGCGAGUGUAGACCUGGAUACCGGCAAACUCCCACCCAGCAGUGUGUCGAUCGUAAUGAGUGUGCUGAGAAUCCAAACAUCUGCAGUCCUGGUCAGUGUAUUGACAUGGUGGGUAGUUACCGCUGCAUCUGCCCCAACGGCUUCAAAUCCACGCCAGACCUGUGUAUCGAUGUGGACGAGUGCGAGCGUCAGCCGUGUGGAAAUGGAACCUGCAAGAACACUGUGGGCUCCUACAACUGCCUGUGUUACUCAGGAUUCCAGCUGUCACACAACAACGACUGCAUCGACACAGACGAGUGCACGUCGCUCCGGGGCUUGUGUCGGAACGGAAACUGCAUCAACUCGGUGGGCUCGUUUGUGUGCGUGUGUCUAGACGGGUAUAAACUCUCUCCUGAUGGCUGGAUGUGCGUCGACAUCAACGAGUGUUUGAUCAGCCCCGGCACCUGCGGCCCGGGAACGUGCCAGAAUCUGGACGGCUCCUACAGGUGCAUCUGUCCUCCUGGAUACUUCCUGCAGAACGACAGGUGUGAAGAUAUCGACGAAUGCUCUCAGACGGCAGAGAUCUGCAUCUUUGGCAAGUGUGUGAACACGCCAGGCAGCUUCAGGUGCGAGUGUCCGGAGGGAUUCCAGCUGUCCUCGACCGGAAAGAGAUGUAUGGAUAUUCGUGUGAAUUAUUGUUACACUAAGUUCGAGAACGGACGCUGUCAGGCUCCGAAGCCCUUCAACACAACUAAAGACUCCUGCUGCUGCAGCGUGAUGCCGGGUCAGGGAUGGGGCGACCCGUGUGAGAUCUGCCCCUCUCCGGAGGAGGAGGGUGAGUAUACACACACACACACACACUCUCUCUCUCACACACGCUCAGAUAUCGACGAAUGCUCUCAGACGGCAGAGAUCUGCAUCUUUGGCAAGUGUGUGAACACGCCAGGCAGCUUCAGGUGCGAGUGUCCGGAGGGAUUCCAGCUGUCCUCGACCGGAAAGAGAUGUAUGGACACGAACGAGUGUGAGCUGGGGAACCCCUGUGGGAACGGCUCCUGCACAAACGUGGAGGGAGCGUUUGAGUGCAGCUGUGACGAGGGGUUCGAGCCCGGACCCAUGAUGACCUGUGAAGAUAUCAACGAGUGUUCCCAGAAUCCCCUGCUGUGUGCGUUCCGCUGUGUCAACACGGUGGGCUCGUACGAAUGCAAAUGUCCAGCGGGAUACGUGCUGAGAGAAGACCGCCGGAUGUGCAAAGAUCAGAACGAGUGCGAGGAGGGUCUGGAUGACUGUGCGUCCAGAGGAAUGACCUGUAAGAAUCUGAUCGGCACGUACAUGUGCAUCUGCUCGCCGGGAUACACCAGACAGCCCAACGGAGACAGCUGCGUGGAUCUGAACGAAUGCACGGCCAAACCGGGCAUCUGUGAGAACGGCCGCUGCGAGAACACGGUGGGCAGUUACCGCUGCAUCUGCGAUCAGGGCUUCAGUCCCAGUCCCAGCAGGACCGAGUGCAUCGAUAACCGUCAGGGCUUCUGCUUCCUGGAGGUUCUGCAGACCAUGUGUCAGAUGAGUUCCAGCAGUCGCGUCAGCGUUAGGAAGUCCGAGUGCUGUUGUGACGGGGGCCGCGGCUGGGGGCCCAACUGUGAGCUCUGCCCGCUGCCCGGGACCACGCAGUACAAGAAGAUGUGCCCGCUGGGCCCCGGAUACACCACCGACGGCGAGGAUAUCGACGAGUGUAAGGUGAUGGGGAAUCUGUGCAAGAACGGCCAGUGUCUGAACACGCUGGGCUCCUUCAGCUGCGUCUGUAAACCCGGAUACACCACUGACAUCAGCGGCACGCAGUGCGUGGAUGUGGACGAGUGUGUUCAGGCUCCUAAACCCUGUAACUUCAUCUGUAAGAACACGGAUGGCGGAUAUCUGUGCUCCUGCCCGCGAGGAUACGUGAUGCAGGACGAUGCCAAGAGCUGCCGGGAUCUGGAUGAAUGCGCCACCAAACAACACAAUUGUCAGUUCCUGUGUGUCAACACCAUCGGAGGAUUCACCUGCAAAUGCCCAACGGGAUUCACACAACACCACACGGCCUGCAUCGAUAAUAAUGAGUGCAACACUGAACCGGGUCUCUGCGGUCCGAACGGAGUGUGUCAGAACAGCCCCGGCAGCUUCAACUGUGAGUGUCAGAGAGGAUUCGCCCUUGACCCCAACGGACAGCACUGUGAAGACAUGGACGAGUGUGUGGGGAAUCAUCGCUGUCAGCACGGCUGUCAGAAUCUGGUGGGCGGCUACAGAUGCAGCUGUCCGCACGGAUACCUGCAGCACUACCAGUGGAACCAGUGCGUCGAUGAGAACGAGUGCCAGAACGGUCAGAUAUGCGGCGGUGCCUCGUGUCACAACACGCUGGGCAGUUUCCGCUGUCUGUGUCCGACGGGCUUCGCCUUCGAGCAGUUAACCGGCGGCUGUCAGGACGUGAACGAGUGCAGCUCGACGCAGAACCCCUGCAGCUUCGGCUGCUCCAACACUGACGGAGGAUACCUGUGCGGCUGCCCACCUGGAUACCUGCGAGCUGGACAGGGGCACUGUCUGUCGGGCACGGGGCUGUCGGCUGGAUCUCCUCACACUCCCGCCGCUGAUGGAGACGAGAACGCUCUCUCUCCCGAGGCCUGCUACGAGUGUAAGAUCAACGGUUAUCCGAAGAAGGGCCGCAAACGCAGGAACGCCAACGAAACCGAGGAGCUUCAGAACGAUCUGGACUGGGUCAGUCUGGCCAGUGUAGACGUGGAUGAUACGCUGCAGCUGCGUCUGAACAUCAGCACACUGAAGAGCAAAGACCACAUCAUCGACUUUGUGCCGGCGCUGUCCACGCUCGCUAACCACGUGCGCUACGCUAUCGACUACAGCAACGACGACGGUCUGUUCCGCAUGAACCAGAAGGACGGCGUCAGCUACCUGCACAUAUCCAAGAAGAGAGCUCUCCAGCCGGGAGCGUAUUAUUUACGAAUCCGCAGCGUGCCGCAGACCGGCAGCCCAGAGCGGCCCGACACAGACUACCUCAGCGGGCAGCGAGGAGACGCUCUGCACAUCAGCGUCCAGAUCGUCCUGCACUGACGGACACUCGGACAGACCGCAGCAGCCGCGCCCAAAGAGCAGCACGCACCGCAUCAUACGCUCGCAUUACACAUCGCUAGGGUUGGGUAUCGUUUGAAUCCGAUUCCGAUUCUGCUCACCAAUUCCCAGUUUCGAUUCCAACGUGGUUAAAAAAAUCAAGUCAAACGUUUCGCUGCCUUGCGGUUAUAAGGUUCUGUCUGCAUUCUGAGCAGUUUUGAGAUACUGAGAUUCAUAGAUUUUGCGUUCCAUAUUUUCUUUACAAAAGCUCAAAAUGUACACAGCUUACAAAAGAAACAUCACAUAAUGUAAAUAAGGUGUGACAGAAUAGGAAUGUGUGAAGCAUGUCAGAUAGAACCUUAUAAUUCCAAGGCGACGAUUUAGAUAUCGAACUUAUUUAUUAUUCUGUGUCUCUUUUUAAAAAACAUUUAAUUGCCUGCUGAAUACCAUAAACACAAAUCGAUUUCGAAUCGAUUAUGAGCUGUUUGUGUGCAAAAUAGAGCUGAUUCUGGAUACAUUUAGACUUUUUUUAUUUUUUAAUGGAGGUUGUAGUUCUCUCACAAUUCUGGAGAAAACAUAUUAGACAAGUAAACAAAAUCUCACGGAA